AUGACAAUUAAGGAUAAGUUUCCGAUACCUAUCACUGAAGACUUGCUGGAUGAGUUAGGUGGAGCUGUAAUUUUUUCUAAAAUUGAUCUAAGGGCAGGUUAUAAUCAAUUACGAAUGGCUGAAGAGGACGCUGACAAAAUAGCUUUUGGAACUCUUGAAGGGCACUAUGAAUUUCUGGUUAUGCCGUUUGGCUUAACCAAUGCACCUUCAUCAUUUCAGAGUUUGAUGAAUGCAGUCUUUAAACCAUUGUUGAGGAAACUAGUAUUGGUAUUCUUUGAUGAUAUUCUGAUUUAUAGCAAAGAUGUUAAUGCUCAUUUAGUUCAUGUGGAAGCUGCUUUGAUUUCUGCCCCAGGACUGGCUAUGCCAGAUUUUUCCUUGCCUUUCGUAGUGGAGACAGAUGCUAGUGGUAUAGGUAUUGGAGUUGUGCUAAUGCGACACCCUAUUGCCUACAUUAGUAAAUCAUUGGCCCCGAGGCACCAGGCUUUGUCAGUGUAUGAUAGAGACUUAUUGGCACUUAUUUUUGCUGUCACUAAGUGGUCUGACUACCUCUUGGGCAGAUCCUUUGUGGUGAGGACAGAUCAAAACUCUUUGAAAUACUUACUCAACCAACAUGUUCAUACAGACUUUCAGUACAAGAAGGGCUCUGAGAAUAAGGCUGCUGAUGCCUUAUCUAGGAAACCUGAUGCUGAGCUAUUAGCUAUUUCACUUCUUACUCCUAAUGAUACGUUGUACCAACAGAUCAAGGAUACUUGGACACAAGAUGCUACAUUGCAAGAGUUAAUUGUUAAGUUGCAGAGUGAUGGGCAAACUGAAGUAAUGAACAGAACUGUGGAAACCUAUUUGAGGUGUUUUUGCUCAGACAAACCUCUACUUUUGCCCUCCUAUCUUCCCCUUGCAGAGUGGUGGUAUAAUACCACUUAUCACACUGCUAUCAGAUGCACGCCCUUUGAAGUUCUUUAUGGUCAAAAACCACCUAUUCAUCUCCCUUAUUUGGUUGGAGAAGCUGCUAACGAGAUGGUUGACAGAUCCUUGGAAGCAAGAGAGGCUAUUAUUGAGUUGCUUAAGUUUCAUAUCCGUAGGGCACAACAAAGGAUGAAGGACUUGGCUAAUAGACAUCGAUCAGACAGAGUAUUUGCAGUUGAUGACUGGGUGUAUUUAAAGCUGCAACCUUAUAGACAAGUUUCAGUGGUUGCUCGACCUUUCAACAAGCCAACAACAAAGUAUUAUGGCCCCUAUAUCAUUGACGCAAGGGUUGGUGCAGUGGCCUAUAAAUUGUUGCUUCCUGUUGAUGUGUUGAUCCAUCCCAUUUUUCAUGUUUCUCAGCUCAAGAGAUGCCAUGAGGGGCCUAGAGACAUUUCUCAUCCUCCAGUACAACAACUUUCUAGUCCCUACUAUCCGACGCCUGACACUAUACUUGAAAGGAGGUUGGUUAAGAAGGGUAACAAGGUUGUGUGUCAAGUGCUUGUCCAGUGGUUAGGUUUGGAAGCUGAUUAG